CACACUGCAGUCUAUCUAUCUACAAGACUGCAGCGAAGCUGUUCACUGUGUAACGGCAGAUAAGAGUGCAGCACCGAGAUUCCACUGAUUUCUCUGGGCUUUAUGAUGCAUCGUGCUUAUCAACCUGUACUGCCGUGUGGAAACAAAUACCUGCAAGAAAAAUGGGACAAAACAUAUUAUGAUGAACACAGAAAAAAGGUGAAGUCAGCAAAACCUAUGGUGAACACGACCACUCCACAAACAUAUGGCCAUCUUCAUCUCAAAAUGAAAAAGCUCAAGCUGGAGGAAGAACGGCUGUCUACUAUUGAACGUGACAACAGCAUGCUGCUGGAGAAGAUGUCUAACAUUAUGAGGACCAGGGGUCGCAUCGACAACAAAAAUGACUAUGAGAAUAAAAGCCUGAACAGAGAGAAAAGGCAGCAGGAGCUGCUCCGAGUGACCCGAGAGAACCACAACAUCCUGGAGCGGCUCUCGAGCUGCGGGCCUCAAUACAGCGUGAAGAGGUGGCACGAGGACUGGCAGAGGAAUGAGAAAUACAUGGAAAACAUUGCCCGCUACCCCCGGGGCUGCGACAGUGCACAACACAACAAGAAUAAAUCCAGAGCAGCUAGGAAAAACAAUGAGCUGAACAAGCAUGAAUCACAAGAUAGAGGAGGUGAAGAGGGAGUAGAAGGUACUGGCGUUGAGGAAACCAAAGAGCGACCUGAAACCGAAGGCAAACAUGAAGAUGAGGACAAACCUGAAAAAGGGGACAAACAUGAGAAUGAGGACAAAAGUGAAAGCAAAGAUAAACAUGAACAUGAAGACAAACAGGAAGAAGGGGACAAACGUGAAAACAAAGUGAACUAGAAUGCAUCUCAGUGAGGCAACAUGGUGAAAUACUGCGAAGCAGUCAUUAACAGGGUCAUAUGAAAUAGCACAAUAUGCUUGGAGCUUUAUAGUAGUUGAUUUCAGUGCAAUAUCAUUUGGGUAUUUGAGCAAAGCCUUACGUACUAGAAUGUGAAGAGAAUGAAAGUAACAUUAACCAUAUGCAGUUUUACAGAAAUCUUGAAUAAUAAUAAUAAUAAUAAUAAUAAUAAUAAUAAUAAUAAUAAUAAUAAUCGUAGAAAUGUGUGCAUUCCUAUUUGUUUUGUUUUUUUGUUACUAACUUAUGUUUGGUUAUAGGGGCACUGUACCUGACUAAACAAAUACCUUUUCCAUAACCUUGUUCUUGACACUUCUGUCAAUUACUGAAGAGUGUGACACAUUGCAUGAUAAUCCACCCCAUUACAAGAAAUUAAACAACACUCACUUGAAAGGUUUGAAAAGCAUUUUACCUGCCUAUUGUUCUCACUGUGCUAAUCACCUGUAUAUGUUUAUUUUAACACUUUAAUUCUCAGAGAAAAGGUUUCUUCAAAAACUUCUACAUCACGUUAGUUAAUUUAGUGCAAGUGGUACCAAUGGAUUUAUACAACCAUUGUAUAGAGCUGAUUCCUAGGCUGUGAAUAAUGUGGUAAAGCAGUAGAGAUGAAAGGUUAGCAACAAAUUCACAUCUCCAGUUUCCACUUGAUUUAAUCCAAGGUCUUAUUGUGUUCCUACUUUUAUUUUCAUUUUGCUCCAGGUGGCUACUUACCUCCAGAUACUGAUCUUGUUUCCAUGGGGAUGCUGUCAAAACAAAGCUUUAUUGUCAGUUGAUGGAAGCUUAGUAACUGGUCCCUUGAAGGUUUAGCAUAAACAUGUCAAAGUGUUAAGAAAAGCAAAGUUCACCCAAUUCUACAAAUGAUUUUAUAUCUUGCUGAAUACAUAUCGGAUUUAUUUGAAGUAACCAUUGAUUAAUGAUGCCCUUGUUAGUGUAGUCAUCAUGAACAGUCUUACCAUAAGUUAACAUACAUACUUUAUUUUAUUAAAUGCCUUAUAGAAACCA